AUUUCGGUGAGAGCGGUUUGAGUUCGCGCGCGUUGGGAAAUCUGAUCGGUUUUAGGAUCUACCUAGCUGCGGGUGUGUCCGGAGCAUCAGCAUCAUCAUCGGAAUUGUCUGUUUCUGUGUGUUGAUCCAAUAUCAAUAAUAAUUAUUUAAUCGUGAUUUUCAAUUGUCUUUCGCUGUGGUUAUUGUUCGCUACGUACACGGUUCGACAUUACACCACCGACAUCGAAUUACCGCUGGGAUCGUUAAUCAUCUUACAAGCCAGUUGCUGACUAUAAAACAGGUUCAACAUGUGGCCCUUGCUGAGCCUGGCGCUAGUGCUCAGCGUGCUGAUCAGUCCGUCCAUCACACUGCCCAAUGGUGCCCCGGAGAGUGUUUGCAGCACGAUGCUUCCGUUUCACGGUGGUGGAAUUCCACCACUGACGACGACUUCCCCGUUCCGGAUAACGCCAGUGACGUCGGUUGUCGGGAGCGGGCAGGUGUUGCAGGUCGAAAUCGAAUCAUUUCCGUCCAGUGUUGUGUUCAAAGGUUUUAUGCUGCAAGCCCGCAACCGUUUUCCGCCGAAUCAGGUGGUCGGCCGUUUCGAGCUCGUCGAUGAGAGUGCUAUCAAGUUAAUUAACUGCGGUGGUGAAGGUAAUACGGCAACACACACCAACACUCAGCCCAAGAAGGACUUGACACUGGAGUGGGUUGCUCCCACCGACUUCAAGGGUGAAAUUGUGUUCAACGGUACGAUCGCCCAGGACUACGAUAAAUUUUGGGUUGAUCUACAAUCGACACCGGUGAAGAUAGUGGAAAGUGGCCAAAGUCCUACUUCGGUGGUGGGAAUCUCAACCACGAGAAAGCCUUCGUCGACCACCACCGUGCCGUCAUAUGUUGCUCCAUCGAGUCCCAGGACCGCUUCGUUCGAUCCAAUUUACGAAGGUUGUGGAGAUACUAAGGGUUGCUUCGGUUUUCCCGAGGGAUGUGUUGAAAGUCGCAACUGCCGAGCCGUCGUUGCCACAAUCGUGCAGGGUGAACGGUACAUUUUCGAAAUGAAAUCAGGAUAUAAUCGCCCAGCCUACAUUGCUGUUGGUCUGUCGACUGACGACAAGAUGGGCAACGAUUCGGUGCUUGAGUGCGUUCCAGAACAGGGAACCGUACGUGCCUAUGCUUCCUGGACUUUGACUGGACCGUACGGUGUCAGUCGUAGUGGCAUUCCACAAAAUUUCUUCCAAUUGCGACAGCACUCCUAUGAGGAUGGCGUGAUCUACUGUCAGGUGGAACGGGACGCUUUGAGCAUUGUGGCGAAACAAAAGUUCGAUCUGGUCAACGAAAAGUACCAUUUGUUGCUGGCGACGGGCAGCUCCGCUGAUUCGGUUCAUGUGUCGUAUCACGAUAUUGGUCGUCACGUUUCUGGUUCUCCACUUGCGUUGGCUGAAGUUGGACCAGUGAAGGGAUCCUCAAAAUUGCUGCUUCGGCUGCACGGUGCUUUCAUGUUGGUUGCAUGGAUCGGAACAGCAUCGCUCGGUAUUUUGCUGGCUCGUUACUUCCGUCAGACCUGGGUGGGUAGCCAACUGUGCGGAAAGGAUCAAUGGUUUGCUUGGCACAGAUUCCUGAUGGUGAUCACCUGGCUGCUCACGAUUGCCGGAUUCGUGGUGAUCUUUGUCGACGUCGGCGGUUGGUCGCGGAUUGACAAUCCUCAUCCCAUCCUGGGAGUGGUGACUACGGUGCUGUGCUUCCUGCAACCGAUCGGUGCCUUCUUCCGACCACAUCCCGGCACCAAGCGGAGACCACUGUUCAACUGGCUGCACUGGCUGGGCGGUAAUAUUGCCCACAUCGUAGCGAUUGUUGCCAUAUUUUUCGCCGUUAAACUGCAGAAAGCCGAGCUACCGGAGUGGCUGGACUUUAUUCUGGUUGCUUUCGUGGCAUUCCAUGUGUUUAUGCAUUUGAUCUUCUCCAUCGGUGGCUGCGUCAGCGAGCGGCGCAAUGGUCAGCGCGUGACGUCCUUCCCGAUGGCAGAUAUGACUCCAUCCCGAAACUCGAUGAGCUCCGGCGAUCGCAAACAGGAUGCUGCCUUCUCCGGAUUCCGCAAGGUGAUGCUGUUCUUCUACAUUCUUAUCAUAGUGGCCUUCGUGAUCGCUCUGGUGGUCAUUGCGGUACUCGCCCCCAUCGAGGACGCUGUCGAGAGCAUAAAGAAACAGAUUAUGAACUAAGAAGCAAGCAGGUGCUGCCUUCUUUCCAGCUCACCCGACUCCAUUUUUGUUAAAACGUGCUCUGAGAAAUUAUUUCUUUAUAUAGUUAUUUAAUGGACAAGAUUGAAGCUUGUCUCCAGGAAACUCUAUUUGUACAUUCUCACCAAUUCUUAUACGGCAUUUUUUUCCCUGUAGAUAUGUGUGUGUAUAGUUGAACGAAAUUGUAUUUUGAACAUGCUGCUGACGGUGGUUGCGAACGGUGGUGUUCGCAAGCAUUAUGUUCAGUGGUUCGUGGUUCACUCCACGGGUUGUAUAGAAUGUAUGUUUAUGUUGAACAGGAUGUUUAUUGUGUGAAUGACAAUCGGCCGAUGUAUCAGCCUUGAACAGAGAUAGAUGCAAGUUUUGCCUUUAAGAAUUUUCUCACCAACAGGAAAUUAUUUAUUAACACAAGCAGGAUGAUGAUACCUUGUUGACCUCGGCUACUGUAGAGUUUUUCGUUUUCGUUUCAGUUUCAAUUCACUUUCAAUUUUUUUCUGUACGCUAGGUCAGUUAAAUUGUGACAGGAUUCUGUGUUGAAUGAAUUGAAACAAAUAGUAGUAGAAACCGUAUUUACGUAAAUACCAUUUCAAACAGAUAGAAGUAUAAGUACUUUAAUGAAACAAUAAAGUAAAUGUUGCC